UUUGUCUGCAGCGCGGCCAUGGACUCCGACACGGCUCUCACUGGAAAAGUGCGUAUCUGAGGUGCCCCCGGCCGGACUGCUGAGGGACGAGCCGGAGGGCGGAGUGAGAGGCGCCGCUGCUGAACUCGCCUGAAAAGUUAAACGGUCAAAUUAGAGGACGGAGUCAAAACCAGCCUAAGAACAGGCUUGGUCAUUGGCUGGCUUGAAAAGUGCUGCACUGAGAAGUCACAUCAUUAUGGAAACAGUCAUCAGCAGCCCCGGCACACGCAACCAGUCGCCUGCGUUCACCUCAAUCUUCAACUCUAGCUGUCGCUUCAAUGAGGAGUUCAAAUACAUCCUGCUGCCUGUGUCCUACAGUCUGGUGUUUGUGGUUGGCUUCGUGCUCAAUGCUACAGCUUUAUGGAUGUUCCUCAAGAUGCGUCCGUGGAACCCCAGUACAGUGUACAUGUUCCACCUGGCCCUGUCUGACUUCCUGUACGUCCUCUCCCUGCCCACCCUCAUUUACUACUAUGCCAACCGCAGUCACUGGCCCUUUGGAGUGGCUGCCUGCAAACUAGUGCGCUUCCUCUUCUAUGCUAACCUCUAUUGCAGCAUCCUCUUACUCACUUGCAUCAGUGUGCACCGUUAUCUGGGCAUCUGCCACCCCAUCAAGGCGCUGACUUGGGUGAAGUCUCGUCACGCCCACCUGGUGUGUGGCGUGGUGUGGGGUGUUGUGACCGUGUGCUUGGUGCCCAACCUCUUUUUUGUCACCACUUCCAGGAGGGACAAUGACACCCUGUGCCAUGACACGACCAGCCAGCAGGCCUUUGAGGAGUAUGUGGACUACAGCUCUGUUGUCAUGGUGCUCCUGUUUGGCAUCCCGUUCGGGGUCAUAGUGGUGUGUUACUGCCUGAUGGCGCGGGCCCUGUGCCGGCCCAGACGGGGAAUAUCGGCCAGCCAGCAGAGCAGAGCCUCACAUCAGAAGUCCAUCAAGCUCAUCAUCGUGGUGUUGGUGGUGUUUGCUGUGAGCUUCGUCCCAUUUCACAUCACACGGACCCUCUACUACACCUCCCGUGUGUUAAAACGUAACUGUGACCUCCUCAACAUUGUCAACUUUUCUUACAAGAUCACCAGGCCGUUGGCCAGUGUCAACAGCUGCAUCGACCCAAUUCUAUAUUUCCUGGCUGGGGACAACUACCGCUCCAAAAUGAUGUCUGUUCUGACGAGAAGAAGAAAGAUGACAAGCAGCCAAACACCAGAGCAGGCACAAACACAGCCAAACAAUAACCAUGGCCUUGCUCUUGUCUAUAAGAACAAAGCCUUUAAAGCCAGUGGAGAGGCUGAGAGAUAGUGGGAAAUCAGUUGCUGAAAUCUACAGCAUUAAACACGUCUCAAAGAUUUCUUUUCCAGGCUAAGGUAACAUUGCUAACACCACAUUCAGAAGCACCUGUUUGAUUUUCCUGUUUUUGGACUGAGAGGUCUGGAAGAAAGCAAGUUCACAGUAACAUUUACUUACAGUAUAGGCUUUCACCCCCUCACAUUUUGCAUUGCCUGUGUUUAACAGGCAAAAAGACCAUAUUUCAAUUCCACUCACCUUCUGUUAUGCUCGUAAGAUGAAGUUCUAGUGGGUUUUUAAUAAAGAGUCUGCACCUUCCCUUAGCUGACAGCCUUCUACCACAAAGGGAGUAUUAAACACAACUCAGUACGCAAUAGACGAUAUUUGUUACUCUUUGUUGGAGAUGGUGCCUGUGCAGAAGAAAAGACUUUCAAACUGUGGGAAUAGUAAGUGAGACACUUGAGUAUUUUUGACACAAGCAGUCACAGGUGCCUAAAAGUAAAUCAUAUACAGGAUUCAGGCAAUGAAUUAUUGUCAUCUCGGAUAAGGAGAACUAAGUUUGAUUGGACACACAUUGAUCUAAAUAUUAAAGUUUAUAUCUGACAAAGAUGACAGAUAGUCUGACUGUUUUCUCAGAAAUGAACGUUAUGAGGCAAUCCUUCCUCUUUUAUCAGAAGUGU